UCUCAACCCAAAUAGAGUCUGUGGAUGCUUCUAUAUCUUAGGAAGCCUUCUGACCUUGAAAUCCCGUCUGUUUUGCGCCGCCUGGGACUGUAUACCUCCAUACUGAAGAAAUUUAUUAGUAUCGCUAUCUGGAAGUUUGAUUGAGUCAAACGGCUUUCAGGAUUCCAGGCAGUACGAGUGUUUCAUGUCUAAAAAGGCUUCCAACAGUCCGUACAUCUAAGCUUGUGGUUGGUUACCACAUUAAAUCCGGCAGACUGUUGAGGCAUGUCCUCAAGUUCCGGCGGCCGCUCCCCACGCUUCAUUCCUCCUCAGUCUGCCCAGCCAUACACGUCUAUAUUUGGUGGUUCCAGCAGUCAAGAUGUUGCAGAUCUCCAGCCGUACCCAGAAUGGCAAGGGGACGCCACUUUUGAUUCCGAUGACAUCGAUGUGGCUAUGGAAGAUAUACCAAUAGCUGAGGACGAUGAUUCAGAUGAUUCUACCUACAAAGAAAGUGACGAAGACGAGCCCGGGCCAGAAGAUGGAGGCUCUCAGCAGAGGGGCCCCAAAAGCACCGUGAAUGCCGCCACUGGUCACAGUGAUAUUGAUAGCCCACCAUCAUCUCCUGCAUACCGGCCCAAUAGAUUCCGCGGUGCUGAAUCGCAAUGGAGAAAGCUAACCGCCGAAGAUAGACAGAAUGCUGAAGCUUUAGAAACGAUCCGCGCUAGAGACCUUGCAGCUCACCUGUACAACGCGUAUGCUUUACGAGUACGAGCUCGUGAGCUAGCAAGGCAAGCUGUCGAAGCUGGCGAACCAGAAGAUGAAACUAAAGCCUUUGGCCCUCCAAAGCGAUGGGCAGCAUGGCCUAUGUCGGCUACUGAGGUGCCUCGCGGAAACGAACAUAUCCGUAGAGGAGAAGACGAGGCAUGGACUUUGAGAAUGCAGCCGGAUGCUCGACCAAGUGCCGAGUUAGAGGAAUCGCUCAUCGCUAUAAUGCUCAAGGACGCAAAGGAAAAAUUUCAGACUAGACCUUGGGACCACAAACUCUCCUCUGUACAUCAGUGGGCAAUGUCUCAAGCCAACACACAAAAUGACACUGCCACCGAUAAGGAACAGAAAAGCGAUCCCGAUUCUAUUGAUGAAAUCUCACUACGUCCCGUUGUUCAGGCCGAUGACGAAAAGUCACGAAUCCAAUUGCGACCGCUGACUCGAAAUAUACUCACCCAAUUCGAUGACCUACUUAUGGCUCUUCACAACGCCCGAAAUGGUGGAGUAGGAGCGGACGACAGCUCCGCGAGUGAGUGGCAAACCGACACAGAAAGUAUCGCCUCUAGCAUCUCAUCGCGCAAGAGAAGGACAGUAAAAGCUACCGCCGAGCGAAGUCAAUCGAGAGGUAGAAAACGUACACGCAGGUCAUCCGCUCGAACUGGGUCAAGCCGACCACGUUCUCACAGUGGGCGUGCAUCGAGUGGACGAGCAUCUUCCCGGCCCCGCUCACGGCGUCAAUCAAAUUCAGAGUACUCAAGGCCGCGGGGGCGUUCAACUGGCAGCGACCGCAAAAGAUCUGCAAGUCGCAUGCGUCUUGGCCUUCGCGACUGGAGCGAAGUCCUAGGAAUUGCUUCCAUGGUCGGCUUUCCGCCAGCCGUGGUAAUGCGUUCUUCACAAAGAUGUGCCACGCUGUUUCGUGAAGAUAUGGAGUUUCGGGUUUUGCAAGAAGGUACCUUACAGCAAGUUCAGGACAGAGGUUCUUCUACCUGGACCUACGCAGAAAUUGAGCCUGAGGAAGCUGAAGCUUCGCUGCCACCUCCUUCACCUCCUCGUAUCAAACGAUCCCUCUCACGCACGGCUUCUGUGAAGAAAGCUUCUAGCACUCGAGCUACUAGCCCUGCUACUGAUCAUACCGACGAGGUGAUCAAGCUCAAAGGCAAGGGUCAACACCGCAAGCAAGAUAUAAUAUGCCCCGUCAGGACGUGUCCUCGGCAUAUCAAUGGGUUCGCACGAACAUGGAAUCUUAACUUGCACAUGAGACGCAUGCAUCCUGGAUAUCGCCCGAAAAGUACUGACGCAAAAUCCAAGUCUUCCAUUGUCGGCCCUGCUGGCGAUACUGAUGGUUAAUGGUGUUGAAAAUGUUACAUGCCCGUCUAUCCUCGUAGAACAUAGAGUUGUCUUCAUAAUGCAAGUUUAAACAAUAUAGACUGAGUUACA